AUGUCAUAGAAGGUAUUAGAAGGCUAAGGUGUAUACUUUUACAUUCUUUAUUUAGUUCUUUACUACGGCCUGGCGCCCGUGUAUGUAUAAGUAAUGAAAAUAUUAUAACUGUGUGGUUUGUGUAAUAUUCAGUAAAAAGUUUUAUGUUUAAUUUUGAUGAUUGAAAUUCAAAACUAAAGAAACAUGGAUUUAUCAACAAUAUGUCAACUUCUUUUCUUAUUCUCAAUACUGAACGUAGUAUUAGCUGGUGAUAUGAUGAGGAAAUCGAUUGUUUACGACAAAAAAACACCCAAUGUAUUUUAUUGUCCAUUAAAUAAACCUACUGGUUUUGAUAAAUUGUUUGUGCAUUCAAGACCACUAAAAAAAUUAUGCGAAUUUGAUGGAAAACCUUUGCCUGAAGACUACAAAUCUGAUUGCUUUCAAGAUGUUGAUGAAACUGAAUAUGCUUGCAAAGAAAAAUAUAGAAUUAUGAUGCGUCUUCACCCACCUGGUACCGAAAACGACAAAGAGAGUACAAAAUGGGAAAAAGCUUAUAAAAAAGUUGUUAGAAAACGUAAGAGACAACAAUCACAAUAAAUAGUUUUACAUGAUGAUAUUAAAUAUUAAAUAAUAAACGGAAUACUUAGAUACUUAAUUUAUAAUAUCUUAGAUUACAAAUAAAAAAAAUAAUAACACUGUGUAUAAAAAUGGGUGCUGCAAUAAAUAUUAAUAUAAUUUUAUUUUUUU